AUGUUCCUCACGGUCAAGCUGCUCCUGGGCCGGAGAUGCAGCCUGAACGUGUCUGGGCAGGAGAGCGUGGCCAUGCUGAAGAAGCUGGUGUCGAAGCCACUGCAGGUGCCUGCGGAGCAGCAGCACCUGCUGUUCCGUGGCCAGCUUCUGGCUGAUGACAAGUGUCUGUCAGACUACUGCAUCGGGCCCAAUGCCUCCAUCAGUGUUAUCAUGCAGCCCCUGGAGAAGACGGCGCCUGAGGAGGCCCUCCAGCCCCAGCCCCAGCCCCUGUGGCACCAGCUGGCCCGGGUCCUCGCCAAACACUUUGGGCCCCAGGACGCCAAGGCCGUGCUUUGGCUGCUGAGGCAGGAGCACGAGGAGCGCCUGCAGAGGAUAAGCCUGGAGCACCUGGAGCAGCUGGCACGGACCUUCCUGGCGGAGGAGGCUGCAGAGGACAAGGAGCCUGAGGCUGUGGCCUCGGGGGCCCCCAGACGAGGACAAAGCUGA